AGCAAAAUGGCGGCCUUCAUCUCCAAUAUCUCCUCGAUCUUUCCUCCAUUCCUACUUCCAUGUCCACGAUGGCAAGUGAGCCAGGGUGUGUCGUCGAGUUGGGAUUUCUUGAAAAACGUGAGGCAUGGGCGCUAAGGAGCAGAUAUAUUCCCAGCAAAGUAGGUGGAAAACCAGCUUGGCUUCACCUGAAAGAUGUUCCUAAUGGCAAACGUCUUGCUUGCCGUAACUGCGGUGAGCCAUGCCUUUUGCUUCUGCAGUUGUAUGCUCCGCGCGACGACGUCAACUGCGCUUUUCACAGAACGCUCUUUGUGUUCGUUUGCGUGACUCCGAACUGUGCAAAUAAGCACGACGCCGGCAGCUAUAUAGUUUUGCGGUCGCAGCUGCGGAAAGAAAAUUUGUUUUACAGCAUCGAACCUCCUAUGGAAUCCCCCGACAGCUCCGACAGCCCUUCGGCGGAAGAUUUCUGCAAAAUCUGCGCCGUGUGCGGUGCUUUAGGUGACGAGGCGUGCGCCAAAUGCCAUAGCCGUCACUACUGUUCCAAGUCUCACCAAAUAUUAGAUUGGAAAGACGGUCAUGGAGCUCGCUGCAACUCGCACUGCGUCGAUAGCGGCGAAAGGACUCCGGCGCCACUGUUCCCCGAGUACGAGCUUGUUACAGAGACAGAAGAAGACGCCUGCAACGACGACCAAGACUGCAAAACAGAUAAAGAAAGACUAGCAGACUACUGCCAAUACUUGACCAGUCAUCCGAGGUGUUCUAGUGACUGUGCAGAUGUCACGGACUUGAACAAGAUGGCGGCAACUUGCCAAGACAAAGCAUUUUGGAAAUUCAAGAAGACCAUUAAGCAAGCCCCUGAUCAGGUGCUACGCUACAGUCUGGGUGGCAUGCCUCUCCUCGUUGCCAGUAGACGUGACCCUAGCGACGUGCCUUGUUGUUCUUGCGGUUCAGAGAGGCAGUUCGAGUUCCAGAUUAUGCCUCAAUUGCUCAACAGCAUUACAGAGUCGACACUGGAUAGCCUGGACUGGGGGACAUUAUUAGUCUAUACGUGCAAGGCCUCCUGCGACGGCGAACCGUACCAAGAAGAAUAUUUGUGGAAGCAAAAUUUCUGUGAAGAAUAGUUGUCAUGAGCUUACUUAUAUGUGUGCGCGGACAUUUCUUUGGAAAAGUGUGAGUGGUGGGAUGUUUGUAUAGCGAGCCUAGCUCGCCGUUUAAAAAAAGGAACAAGAACGCUGGCAACCAAGAGAAGGCUCUAAUGUAUGGAUACUGUCAUGGAUGUGUGCAUGCGCCUUUGGAGACUAUAUUGAUGAAUGUAUAACAAAAUUCUGCAUGUUAUAUCGAGGGCAAGUGAAAUGCAAACAACGAAGAGCAUGCCUAAAGCAUAACUGAAGGUACAGUGUGCACCGUCGGCCAGUCAUCCUUGCAUUCGUUGCACGCGCACAUGGCUUUCAUGCAAAGUGCGGGGCUGCUCGCCUUACUGUGAUAAUGGCGCCUAUACUAUGUUGUUUGAUGCUUGUUUCUUGAGCCAACCUGCUGCAGCGCCAUUCCCACCUUGCCAGUACUAUUAUGGUUUCUAGCACUGUCGUCGCUUGUACAGAAGCACUUUGAUGGUAAAAGCAAAGCGAUGCAGGUCUGAAAACCGAGCACGGGGGGUAUUAGUAAUAUCAUGCUGCACGAGCGACAACGGUGCUGUGGCACGGCCGCUGGAUUUAAAAAAGGUGCGGCCUGCCGUGUGCAUCGAAAACGGUGUGAUCCGCCGCGGCGCCACACGUCGGGGGCUGUUGUCUGGCAUCGGCAUAGCAAAUGCGUCAGGAACGCGCUUGGAACGCCGUCGCGCGUGCAAGUCGAAGCGUUCCAUCACCGAUGACUAGCGCCGUUCGGCCCAGCCAAGCGGCUGACAAUGCAACAACGGCUGUCACGUUCGCUCCCAUUGCAGCGCGCCCGACGCGGCAGGCCGCACCUUUUUUUGUCCAGCGGCCGUGGCUGUGGCAUGGUGGGAAUGGCACUACAGCGGGUCAGGUCAGGAAACAAGCAUUGACCUGUGCUCUGCCUGCAUGAAAACCACAUGUGUGUGCAUGUGGACAAGGAUGUCCAGCCGACGCUGCGCUCUGUACCUUCAGUUAUGCUUUGGGAAUGCGCUCCACUGCUUGCAUUUUAUUUGCCCUGAUUGUACAUUUGAACACUAACUUUCACUUUACACAUCAUUUUAUUUAAUCAUUCUCUUCAUUUACACUUAUUUUAUUCAAUUGCCUGAAAGAGGAGAGAAGCUUGUGUGUCAUUUGCCAGCAAUAUUCCAUUCAUAGGUUAGGGUAACAUCCAGGCUGCUGGGGAACUGCAUUUAUCAUUAGUGCAGAUGCAAUUGGUCCAAGAAGCAGACGGAAAAUAUUUCUGGGAUUUGAGUACAUUUGAUGUGAACUGGGAAAAUUUAGGUGAUAUUUCAUUAUUGUGUGCAGGUGAAUAAUAUUGCAAAUAAGUCACAUCGCCUGGCUUACUCUUAGAUCCUUAGCCAGUUCUAUUAUUGUAGGGUGUGCCAUUUACUUUUAGUUACACAAAAUGUGUUUUGUUUAUUGUAAGUAAAUAUAUAGUA